AUGGAGACACCCGACAACCUUUUCCCACGGCGCCUCCCGGGAGCUGACCCCGCGGGGCGGCUGGAGGGCGGGGGGAGAGGCCAAGCCGCCGGCACGGCCCCGCCCCCGCUGCCCCGGUGGUGGCCCACGGCCCCCCGGCUGCCCGUGGUCAAACUGGAGUCGCUGAAGCGCUGGAACGAAGAACGAGGCCUCUGGUGCGAAAAGGGGGUGCAGGUGCUGGUGACGACCGUGGGGGCCUUCGCCGCCUUCGGCCUCAUGACCAUCGCCAUCAGCACGGACUACUGGCUGUACACGCGCGCCUUCAUCUGCAACACCACCAACCUCACUGCCAGCGACGAUGGGCCCCCCCACCGCGGGGGCAGCGCCCCCUCGGAGAAGAAGGACCCUGGCGGCCUCACCCACUCGGGUCUCUGGAGGAUCUGCUGCCUGGAAGGGUUGAAAAGAGGCGUCUGCGUAAAGAUCAACCAUUUUCCGGAGGACACGGACUACGACCAUGACAGCGCGGAGUAUCUGCUCCGAGUCGUCCGGGCUUCCAGCAUCUUCCCCAUCCUCAGCGCCAUCCUGCUGCUGCUCGGGGGAGUGUGUGUGGCGGCCUCCCGGGUCUACAAGUCCAAGCGGAACAUUAUUCUGGGUGCAGGGAUCCUGUUCGUGGCAGCAGGCCUGAGCAACAUCAUUGGCGUGAUCGUGUACAUCUCGGCCAACGCGGGCGAGCCGGGCCCGAAGCGGGACGAGGAGAAGAAGAACCACUACUCGUACGGCUGGUCCUUCUACUUCGGCGGGCUGUCGUUCAUCCUGGCCGAGGUCAUCGGCGUGCUGGCCGUCAACAUCUACAUCGAGCGCAGCCGCGAGGCGCACUGCCAGUCUCGCUCGGACCUGCUCAAGGCCGGCGGGGGCGCGGGCGGCAGUGGCGGGAGCGGCCCCUCGGCCAUCCUCCGUCUGCCCAGUUACCGCUUCCGCUACCGCCGCCGCUCCCGCUCUAGCUCCCGCUCCAGCGAGCCGUCGCCGUCGCGGGACGCGUCUCCCGGAAGCCCGCCAGGCAGCCUGCUGCUGUCAAUGGGGAGAAAAGCCUCAGUGACAGUUGGCGAGGACUUGGAAGUGGAGUCCAGCCGGGAGCAGUCCAGCAAACGGGCCUUGUCAGCUUACAACAGCAUCCCAGAGGUGAAGCAGAAAUAG